UAAUUAUCAUUACAGCUAACUGCCUCGAAUGAAGUAGUUUGCCAAUGCCUUGUAAUGAUGCUACAGUAACUGUUCGUAUAGUUAUUACAUCGGUUUAAUUUCAUUUAUUGGGCACAUUUGAAUGAUAAGUUUGUUCCACAUUUAAUUCUUGCAUCAUCUUUGGCGCCUCUGGUUAUGGUUUGAGAUAGCCUUAGAAUUUCUGGAUUAGGAGAGCACUCAUGGACUCCAAGGGAACUAGUUGGCUGAAAAAAGAGAAGAAUGAAGUAUAUGCUGAACCAGGUUCCUUGGUUCAGUUACACACAUCUACCAUGAAAGUAAAAGAAGAAUUGGAUGAGCAAGUGAACAAACAGUUUCUUCAAGAUCCACCAAGGAUUGUAAUGCCUAGUCUUCGUAUAAAGCAAGACCUAGAAAUGAAACGGGAUUUAUAUGGCGUUGAGCAUGAUGUAAGUUUUCACAUCGGUGAUGCAUUGUGCAUGAAGUACUAUAUGAAUAUCAUGAAAUGCAUUGGGUGCAGUAAAUUCCAGUGAUCAUAAAUGAUGAAUCAUUAAAACCUAGGAUAUUAGCACUUCUCCAGAAUUUUUAUAGUAUUUCAAUUGACUGUAGGUAUAUUGUUCUGUUGUAUGUAAUGGUAUUUGAAUGAAACUUGUAGGAAACAUAGUUUAUUAACUGUA